AUUGACACUUGUGCUAAUUUCUUAUUUUUAAGUAUUAAACGCACAACAAUGUGCACUAUUAAUUGUAAUGUAUUAUUUGUAAUAAAAUUCUGCUAGCAUACGUAUUUAUUAUAAAUUAUUUUAUUUAGAAAUAAGAAAUGUUAAAGUGAUAAUUAAUAUAAUCUAAUAAAAUUGAUAGUCUAAAAUGCUUCUUGUACGUCUUUUCGGCAUUGAAUUUUCAGCGGGUUUUUGCUUUGACAUUUUAUUACGAAUCAUUUUGGCAUUGUUAUUUCUAGUACUGGAACAAGCAGAGCCAUUUAAUAGAAAAAUACACGAAAAUGAAUUAUGGUUAUAUAAAAAUCCACAAACAGAUUCCUACGUUCCAACUACAGUAUUAUGGCCUCUUGUAUUCUUGAUGCCAGUUGUUGUGAUAUUAUUUUCAUUUAUAAUUAACAAAGACAGAAAUGAUUUUUCUCAAGCUCUGUUAUGCGUGACAUUAGCUUUGGGAUUUAAUGGUUUAAUAACAGACAUUAUAAAGCUCAUAGUUGGACGACCAAGGCCAGAUUUCUUUUGGCGAUGUUUUCCAGAUGGGCAAAUGAAUCCUGAAUUUAAAUGCUCAGGAAAUCCAAUUACUAUUAGAGACGGAAGAAAAUCAUUUCCAAGCGGACAUUCCUCGUUUGCGUUCGCAAGCUUUGGUUUUGUGGCAUUAUACUUAGCAGGAAAGCUUCACACAUUUAGUUUAUUAGGCAAAGGUCAAUCUUGGAAACUUUGCUCUUUUAUUCUUCCCAUUUGUAUUGCUCUUGCUAUUGCGUUAAGUCGUACUUGUGAUUAUCAUCAUCAUUGGCAAGAUAUUGUGGUUGGCGGAAUUAUAGGAUCUUGCUUAACAUACCUAUGUUAUAGACAUUAUUAUCCACCAUUAGAUUCUCAAAUAUGCCAUAAACCUUAUAAAGCUUUAAUUAUGCAAUUGCAAUUGGAGAAUAUGAAAACUAACAAAACUGAACAAAUCAAGUGGAUAUAAUGUAAAGAUUUUAAUAUUGAAUGUUACCAUUUAAUGAAAAAUAACGAUGUAUUGAGUAAAAUAUUUUAACCCCGUGACUUAUUCACGACCAUUUUAAACAAAAUAACCCAUAAAAAUACAUCCGACAUACAAUUUA